AUUAGACCAAAACAAAUGGCUACUAUAGAUGGGAGACCGGCGCAAUAUGGUAUUUCACUUAAACAACUACGAGAGCUCAUGGAGCAUCGUGGUCGUGAAGGUGUUAUGAAGAUUUCGGAAUUUGGUGGUAUUCAUGAAUUAUGUAAAAAGUUAUACACAUCUCCCAAUGAAGGUUUAAGUGGCUCGAAAGCUGAUGAGGAGCACAGGCGAGAAACAUUUGGUUCAAAUGUAAUUCCACCGAAACCACCAAAAACCUUUUUGACAUUAGUCUGGGAGGCUCUUCAAGAUGUAACACUUAUUAUUUUAGAGGUAGCUGCAUUAGUAUCGCUUGGGUUAUCAUUUUAUAAACCAGCCGACGAGGAUGCACCUGUGCUACAGGAGGAGGAGGAACAUCAUGGGUGGAUUGAAGGAUUGGCCAUUCUUAUUUCUGUUAUUGUUGUAGUUAUUGUUACUGCUUUUAAUGAUUACUCAAAGGAGAGGCAAUUCCGAGGUUUACAGAAUCGUAUUGAGGGCGAGCACAAGUUUUCAGUAAUACGUGGAGGGGAGGUGUGCCAAAUUUCAGUUGGAGAUAUUCUUGUUGGUGACAUUGCCCAGGUGAAAUAUGGUGACUUAUUACCGGCAGAUGGAUGUCUUAUUCAAAGUAACGAUUUGAAGGUGGACGAAUCUUCGUUAACCGGAGAAUCUGAUCAUGUCAAGAAAGGAUCAGACAUUGAUCCCAUGGUUCUAUCAGGUACGCACGUCAUGGAAGGAAGCGGAAAAAUGGUCGUUACUGCGGUAGGGGUUAAUUCUCAAGCAGGCAUAAUUUUUACACUUCUUGGGGCGGCAGUGGAUGAGCAAGAGGCGGAAAUUAAAAAGAUGAAAAAGGAAGCUAAAAGAGCCAACAAGCAAAAGAGUCUGACAGGUGAAAGCGACGUACGACCGCAAAUAAAAGGGUCUCAAACUCCAACUCAACGACAAACAGUCGCAAGUGAGGGAACUAAAUCGGAAUCAGAAGGAAAUCAUGUGCCGCAGUCAUCAUCUACAUCUGCUGCUGCUGAAACCGGACACAAAAAAGAAAAAUCGGUGCUCCAAGCUAAGUUGACAAAAUUAGCUAUACAGAUUGGAUAUGCUGGGUCGACCAUCGCCGUACUCACAGUUAUAAUUCUGAUUAUUCAGUUUUGUAUUAAGACUUUUGUUAUUGAUGAAAAGCCUUGGAAAAACACUUAUGCCAAUAACUUAGUAAAGCAUUUGAUAAUUGGCGUUACAGUAUUAGUAGUUGCUGUUCCAGAGGGACUUCCUCUGGCCGUAACUUUAUCCCUGGCAUACUCGGUCAAGAAAAUGAUGAAAGACAAUAAUUUGGUUCGACAUUUGGAUGCGUGUGAAACAAUGGGUAAUGCCACUGCGAUUUGCUCAGACAAGACCGGAACCCUUACGACCAACCGUAUGACGGUUGUUCAAUCCUAUAUUUGUGAAAAAUUGUGCAAAGUUUUGCCAACACUUAGCGAUAUACCACAACAUGUUGGCAAUUUGAUCACAAUGGGAAUAUCUGUUAACUCGGCUUAUACUUCAAAUAUUAUGGCUGGGCAGAACCCUGGAGAUUUACCAAUACAAGUUGGCAACAAAACAGAGUGUGCUCUUUUGGGAUUUGUGCAAGGGCUAGGUGUGAAGUAUCAAUCUAUUCGAGAGGAAAUUACGGAGGAUAAAUUUACGCGCGUGUAUACUUUUAAUUCAGUUCGUAAGAGUAUGGGGACUGUGAUACCCCGUCCUAAUGGAGGGUAUCGUUUGUAUACCAAAGGAGCUUCUGAAAUCAUCAUGAAAAAAUGUGCCUUUAUCUAUGGCCAUGAGGGAACCUUGGAGAAGUUUACAAGAGAUAUGCAGGAACGUCUGAUACGUGAAGUUAUUGAACCAAUGGCAUGUGAUGGUUUGCGCACCAUAUCUGUGGCAUAUCGCGAUUUUGUGCCUGGGAAAGCAGCCAUUAAUGAAGUACAUAUUGAUUGCGAACCAAAUUGGGAUGACGAGGAAAACAUUAUGACAAAUCUUACAUGCCUCUGUGUAGUUGGUAUAGAAGAUCCAGUUCGCCCAGAAGUGCCAGACGCCAUUCGAAAAUGCCAACGUGCUGGUAUAACCGUUCGGAUGGUCACUGGGGACAACAUUAAUACAGCACGCUCAAUUGCCAGCAAAUGUGGUAUUUUGCGACCUAAUGAUGACUUUCUUAUUUUAGAAGGCAAAGAGUUUAAUAGGCGCAUUAGGGAUAGCAAUGGAGAUAUUCAACAACAUCUUAUUGAUAAAGUAUGGCCAAAACUGCGGGUUCUAGCACGAUCGUCCCCAACUGACAAGUAUACUUUAGUUAAAGGUAUUAUUGACAGCACAGUUAGUGAAAAUCGAGAAGUAGUUGCUGUAACUGGAGACGGAACAAAUGAUGGCCCAGCUCUUAAAAAAGCCGAUGUGGGCUUUGCUAUGGGCAUAGCAGGAACAGACGUUGCUAAAGAAGCUUCUGAUAUUAUAUUAACUGACGAUAAUUUUAGCAGCAUUGUUAAAGCUGUAAUGUGGGGCCGAAACGUGUAUGACUCCAUAGCCAAGUUUUUGCAGUUUCAGUUGACAGUCAAUGUAGUCGCCGUAAUUGUUGCAUUUAUUGGUGCGUGUGCUGUCCAAGAUUCUCCACUUAAAGCAGUGCAGAUGUUGUGGGUAAAUCUCAUAAUGGAUACAUUGGCAUCACUUGCAUUAGCAACCGAGUUUCCGACACCAGAUUUAUUGCUCCGUAAACCUUAUGGCCGCACAAAACCUCUAAUUUCGCGCACAAUGAUGAAGAACAUAUUAGGGCAGGCGCUUUAUCAAUUGGUAAUAAUAUUUGGACUGCUUUUUGUCGGAGAUUUAAUACUUGAUAUUGAAUCUGGUCGCGGACAAGAACUUAAUGCGGGCCCGACACAGCAUUUUACUAUUAUCUUUAAUACAUUUGUCAUGAUGACUUUAUUCAAUGAAAUUAAUGCUCGAAAAAUCCACGGUCAGCGCAACGUUAUUGAAGGUCUUCUGACAAAUCCUAUAUUUUAUACCAUAUGGAUAUUCACAAUGAUAUCACAGGUGUUAAUCAUUCAAUAUGGAAAAAUGGCUUUUUCGACCAAGGCUUUGUCACUAGACCAAUGGCUCUGGUGUAUAUUUUUUGGAGUUGGUACGCUUGUUUGGGGUCAACUGAUAACCUCAGUGCCUACAAGAAAAUUACCUAAGAUAUUAUCGUGGGGUCGCGGACAUCCAGAGGAAUACACAGAUGCCAUGCAUUUGGGAGAAGAACGUUUUGAUUCAAUUGAUUCUGAUAAAAAACCAAGAGCUGGACAAAUUCUCUGGAUUCGUGGACUAACUCGCUUGCAAACUCAAUACGUUUAUUUUCAGAUUGACACUGUAGCUUCUCGUAAAGUAGUCGCGUUAAAGUACUAAUAUAUAGAGCGCCAAUUUUUUAAACAAAGUAAUUUAACGAAUAUACUGUUUAAAAAAUGUAUGUAAAUAUGCUGCAAGUGAAAUGGUCAGAUUUAAAUAUUAUGUUGUUCGCCUACUGUUAGUUUUCUAAACAUUUUGUAGAUUGUCUGUUUUUAAGAAAAAUUAGACAAUUUAGGAGUGAACAUAAAGCUUUUUUAUAGCUCUGUCUCUUUAAUCUUACAACUUUUUUCGAUCUGUCUUCCUGUCUCUUUUGACUAACUAUAUUUACAAUUUUUAAGUAAGCACUUUUCUGUAAUUUUGGUGUUAAGUAUGAUUUUAAAAUGGGUCGCUUCACAUUUCUUAUUCCCACUUAAAAUAAAAGAAGGAACGCUUUUGUCAAGAGUCCUGAUGCUCGUUUCUGUUUGUAAAACCAAGGCUUAUUUAUAACAUUCCUGGUACAUAACAGAAUUGGUAUAUCAAAACGAAAUGUACUUUUGCGCACUCGACUAUAUCGUAGUUAAUGGGUAAUGGCGUAAAAAUUAAACUAUUUUACACAAAUUGAAUGUUAUGUAAAUUUUUAUCCAAAGUAAAAGUAUACAAAAAAAUUAAAUUAAAAACUUAUAUUUCAAGAUUCAAUAGUCUUAACUUUGUGUUACGAUUCACAUAUAAAAACAGCAAUCUAAUAAUUAGAAAUUUUAUUACCAUCAGUUAUUUAACGCGAUAGUAUCUAAUUAAUUAAUUUUAGUUUGUAUAGAUUAUCCCUAAUUAAAAUGAUGUGCGUCGUGCGUCAGAUAAGUGCGUCGAUACCUGCUCCUGAUUACAUUAAUUACAUUCCUUUAUUUUCAAUAAAUUUUCCACACCAUAACGUCUCAACAAAAUAUGCAUAUAUUUCUUAUCUAUUAAAUUACCCUUUUGGUAUUUCUCUAAAAAUAUUUAAGCUCCUCCAACGAAAACAAAACUUUACUUUUAAAACUUUACUAAAUCUAAAUAAAUAACCUUUUGUUACAAGAUGCAUGAUAUUUUUAAAUGGGAAAUAUAACUUCUUAGUUCAAAACGCUAUUUUAUUUUGGUUAUCCGUAUUCGUAAUACUGCGGGAUAUUUUUUUCAUACAACUAAAUGCCCCAAUGGUAUUCUUUCAAAAAUUUUCAUAAAAAAUUAGUAAAGAAUAAUAAUAUGAUAUAAUAAUAUAAUAUGCUAUAAUAAAAUAUUAUAUAAUAACAAAAUGAGCUAAAAUAGAUUUUAACAUUAUAUUAAAAAUAUGUUUUCCGACUUGUAUUUAUUCGUUUAUUAUAAGAGCUCAAACUGACUGGAGCGUCCAUUAUAGCUUCCGGGAGUAACGUUCUUCUAAGUCAGGGGUUAAAAUUCCAUUUACGGCGGACCAUUAAUAACACAAAUACAAGAAAACGUGCACAUAUUAUAUUUAUACAAAAGUUAUGUGAAAGUUAGUUCGAGCAACUUGGAGCUUCGACAGAGUGAGGGGGAAAUAUUAAAAUUAAAAAAGCUUAUCGCUAAACGAUACAUUUUUAAUAUAAUAAUAAUAAUAAUAAUAUUGACAUUUACCAUACCUACGGUAUUAAAUAUAAAUAAAAUAAAUUUUAUGAUUUUUGUAGAGUAACCUUUUUUAAUAACUAUAAGAAACCGUUUACUGUCUUAUUAAAUUUUAAAAUAAUCAUUUUUCUACGAGAAAUUGAGGCAGCGAAUAAUUUUUCCAGCUUACCUUUUCUCAGAAAAAAACACGUCUAAUAAAUGAUGACUUAUAACCUAAA